CAUCUCCCCCACUCACCUCCUCCACACCCCAGCAUGGCCGCGUCCACCAUGUCCGUCUGCUCCAGCGCUUGCUCCGACUCCUGGCAGGUGGACGACUGCCCAGAGAGCUGCUGUGAGCCCCCCUGCUGCGCCCCCAGCUGCUGCGCCCCGGCCCCCUGCCUGACCCUGGUCUGCACCCCAGUGAGCUGUGUGUCCAGCCCCUGCUGCCAGGCGGCCUGUGAGCCCAGCCCCUGCCAAUCAGGCUGCACCAGCUCCUGCACGCCCUCAUGCUGCCAGCAGUCUAGCUGCCAGCUGGCUUGCUGCAUCUCCUCCCCCUGCCAGCAGGCCUGCUGCGUGCCCGUCUGCUGUAAGCCUGCCUGCUGCGUGCCUGUCUGCUGCAAGACCAUCUGCUGUGUGCCCACAUGCUCUGAGGGCUCCUCUUCAUGCUGCCAGCAGUCUAGCUGCCAGCCAGCUUGCUGCACCUCAUCCACCUGUCAGCAGGCCUGCUGUGUGCCCGUCUGCUGCAAGUCUGUCUGCUGUGUGCCUGUCUCUGCUGGGGCUUCCUCUCUGUGCUGCCAGCAGUCUAGCUGCCAGCCGGCUUGCUGCACCUCCUCCUGCUGCAGAUCCUCCUCCUCCGUGUCAUUGCUCUGCCGCCCUGUGUGCAGGCCUGCCUGCUGCGUGCCCGUCCCCUCCUGCUGUGCCCCCUCCUGCUGUGCCCCCUCCUCCUCCUGCCAGUCCAGCUGCUGCCGCCCGGCCUCCUGCGCGUCCCUCCUCUGCCGCCCCGUGUGCUCCCGCCCAGCCUGUUGAAGCUUCUCCUCAGGCCAGAAGUCCAGCUGCUGACGGCCACAUCCCCCAGGGCCAGCCGGUCUCAGACCCCACCUCCCUGCCAGUCCUUAGAAGCCCCUGACCUCCCAGCCCACCCAGCCCCAGCGCAGCUCAACCACAGAGAAGGAGCAGCCCCACCCACCGCCGCCCAGCCCAGGGUGGGGUCUGAGACGCUCACUGGCUCCUCCCUGACCUCGCCCAGUGUGGAGGAGCCCGGCUGCUCCUCACCAGGCUUCCCGGCUGCAGGCCACGACCCUACGCUGUGGGGAUGGGCCUCCUGACCCGGGUCUCACCCAGGAGGCACCCUGUGCCUCUGAGCACCAAUAAAGCCGCUGCGGCCCCA